AUGCUUCAAAAUCAAUCUGACAUACCCUCGCAGUUCAUUCUAUCUGAACAUGAACUGCCAUGCUUCAACUGCCCAGAACUUGCAGUUACUCCCAUUGACUUGGGGAGCUUUCUAUCUGGAGACUUCCUAGCUGUAUCAAAGGCUUCUGAGCAAGUUAGUGAAGCAUGCAAGAAACUUGGGUAUCUUCAGGCUUUUAAUCGUGGAAGAAAGUCGGGUAAGCAGUAUGGAUAUGCUAAUAGCUUCACUGGCAGGUUUUCUUCCAGUCUUCCACGGAAAGAAACACUUUCUUUGUCUUUCUGCUCUGAGAAUCAGUCCAAAAUUAUCCGAGCGUAUUUCUUGAACAUAAAGGGAGAUAAUUUGGAACAAUUCGGGUACGCAUUGAAUAGCGUUUUAACAUUUUCUAUCAUCACCUUUUUAUAUGCUGAAACAUAUGCCGUGGUCUCGGCUUUGGGAGUUACCAGCUGUUGGUAUUAUAUCAGAUCUCACUGUGAUCCCACAUCCUUGACAAUUAAUCAUCAAGAUGAUGUUGGCGGCCUCCAAGUUUUCAUCCGGAAGCCUUUAGUGAACUGACAAAUCCGAGUCCCAUAUAAAGAGUUUUUUUUUUUUUUUUCUUUUUUUUUUUUAAAUUUUCGUUUUGAUAAUUUCAGGCUCUAUCCAAUGGGAUUUACAAUAGUUUCUCUUACAGAGCGGUGGUAAAUAACAGGA